GAAUGCCUCACAAGGUCUCAGACCCUUGCCAAAUCAGGGGCUGUGUAACAGCAGCUGACCCAAAGUGUCUUUUACAAUCAGCGUGCUACGCUUCCACAGCGAUUCUCAUGCUCUGCCACAAUGAAGGCCUGGACGAUGGUAUUCUGGGUGUGUCAGCUGGGGCUCCUGUCUCUAGUGUUGCAGGCGUGCUGUGAGGCACCUGUGACCUGCCAGUGGGCCCCCUUUGGAGACUGGUCUGAGUGUGACGGCUGCACGAAAACCCAGGUGCGGACGCGGCCGGUGCAGGUGUAUGCCCAGUUCGGGGGCAUGCCGUGCUCAGGGGAGUCCGUGCAGUGGCAAAGCUGCAAUGGCAGAGGCUGCCCCCUGGAGGAGGGCUGUGGGGAGCGUUUCCGCUGCAGCUCAGGGCAAUGCAUCAGCUCCGCCUUGGUCUGCAAUGGAGACCAAGACUGUGAAGAGGACGGUUCUGAUGAGCAGAACUGUGAGGAGUCCACUGGCACCAGGGUGUGUGACAUGGAGCGGGUUCCCCCCAAUGUCGAGCUCACUGGAAGAGGGUUCGAUAUUCUCACUGGUUUGCUAAGGGGCAGUGUGAUCAACACAAAGAGCUUCGGUGGUCAGUGCAGGAAGGUAUUCAGUGGCGACCUGAGGUCCUUCUAUAGGCUGCCCAGAAGCCUAAUCAGCUAUACCUUUCAGGUCAGGACUGAUAAUGAUUUUAGUGAUGAAUUUUACAGCAGCUACUGGUCCUAUGUUAAAGACAUCGAUAAAAGAUCAAAGUCAAACCAAGGACACCAUUAUGAGACAUUCCAUAAUGAAGAGCUUAUAACAAAGGCCCACAGGAUGAUGGUGAUCAAGAACCAGGUGGAAGUGGCUCAGUUCCAGAACUCUCCACCCGAGUACCUGACCCUGUCCGAGGAGUUCUGGAAAGCAUUAGCCUCCCUCCCCACCACCUACAAUUACCCUGCGUACCGCAAGCUCAUCGACGACUAUGGAACCCACUUCCUUUCCGAGGGCUCACUUGGGGGACGGUACCAGGCCUUGCUGUACCUCGACGCAGAGACCAUGAAGACAAUGAGUUCAACCAGCAGCGAUUUCCAUGAAUGCAUAACCAAAACACGCAGGUUUCUGUUCAUCAAAUGGAGCACGACCAAGUGCAAGACCUUCGUAAAUGCAUUCAAGCAAGUCAAUGGAUUGAACAAAGUAGAGAAGUUUGCACAAAGCCCCAUCACGGGGGGAAGCCCUGCUUUCAUUGCUGGGCUCAGUAUGCUUAAUUUGGAGGACCCCGACGCUAACUGGAACAUGUACACCAAGUGGGCGGGCUCUGUGAAGGACUUCCCCACGGUCAUCAACCAGAAGCUGAGGCCUCUCCAUGAGUUGGUGAAGGAGGUUCCGUGCUCCGGCAUAAAGAAGCUCCACCUGAAGAGGGCCCUGGAGGAGUACCAGACACAGGAGGACCCGUGCCACUGUCAGCCCUGCCAAAACAACGGGCAACCGCUGCUGAGUGGCACCAUCUGCAGCUGCGUCUGCAAGCCAGGCACGUCGGGCUCUGCCUGCCAGCACGGGACUCCUGUGGAGGAUGGGCCAGGUGUGAUCCAUGGAGACUGGACUUGCUGGUCUGCCUGGAGUUCCUGUUCCCAAGGUCAAAGGUCGAGAUCUCGGACAUGCAGCAAUCCACAUCCAAAUAUGGGAGGUAAGGCCUGCAGUGGCCUAGCAGUGGAGCACACAGCUUGCGAGGACGAGGACCUUGAACAUCUGCGUACAAUGGAACCUCAUUGUUUUGAUUCAUCUCUUUCACCAACAAAGUCUUGUAAGAAUCCACCUCAUUUAAGAAAUGGGUUUGUGCUGGCCCCAAACGACGUCUAUCCAGUUGGAAGUAAGAUUGUGUACUCCUGCAUUGAGGGAUACCACCUUCUCGGGGAUGCAGUGGCAGAAUGCAGCAAGGACCUGAUGUGGAUCCGCUCAAAGCAGGAAUGCAAGAGCACUGCAUGUGGGCCACCACAGCUUCUGCAUGACGUGACAGGCAGCCCCUGGAAACUGACCUAUGAGAUCGGAGAGGCGAUAACGUUGUCCUGCCCACCGGGAAAACAGCUGGAGGGCAACUCAGAGAUCCUGUGUGAUUCUAGUCUGAACUGGUCACCGCAAGAAACCGCACGGUGUAGCACAUUACCUACAGAAGCCGUACGGACAGUUGUGCAGUGUGAGCCUUGGGAGAAGCUGGCAAAAGACAAAUGUGUCUGUAAAAUGCCUUACGAGUGCAAGUCCUCUUUGGAAGUGUGCGCGCGGAACCAGCGGGGAUCGGCGGACCGACUGACCAUUUGUAAGAUGCAGGCGCUGAAGUGUCUGGGUCGGGAGUAUGACCUGGCCGAGGACUCCGCCUGCACGCGGGCCUCCCCUAAAGCGGCAUCCUGUCCUGACUGCCAAAUGUGGGAGACGUGUAACGAGCACACCAAUCUGUGCGUGUGCCGGGAAACUGGGAGCUGCUCAGAGACGGGGUCCCUCGUAUGUGCCAGGACCGGGGAGGGAGCCCCUGCCGUGACGAUGACGGAAUGCGAGGCGGCGCUGAGGAGGUGCAGGAAGGAGACGCUCAUUGUAGUGAGCCUGCAGAAAUGUGACUCUUGAGGCUUCUUCGGAAAUAAGCCAAACUUAUUUUCAUAAAUGAAAAUACUUCAUUAUGUUUCAAAAUCCUGAUUUAUAAACAUGUACCUGGCUUUGUGGUAGCAUGAGCAAUUAAGUGAGAAUAUGCAUAUAAAAUAAAGUAGAAAAUGCCAGUCUCGUGUUUAACAUCAAUGCCCAGGCAAGGUUGAAAAGGCUUUGCUACCUAUCACCCUCAGCCACACAUCAGGCUGAGAUACAGUUGCAGCCUGACUGCUUAGUGUUUUGGUCCCCUGCGCUGAGCCCCCACCAGAACCAGGACCAAUAACAUCCCUCAAAGCGCCUCACUGUCAGGAUAAUGCGCCGUGCCUGUGUGCACCCUGCAGAUUACUGUUUGCCCGUUAAACACUGACCAGGACCCAGAACCUAGUGGCACCGACACCUGAAUUUAGAUGAUAGGGCUGUUUAAGUGAAGUUUGUGUUUAUCUUUGAGUACAUAAGCGCGAGUCAGCUUUAAGCAGGAACGGAGAAUCAAAAAAUGCACAAGUAUGGUAAAAAUUCAGCACAUAAGGCUAAGAGGAAAAAGCUGUAUAAUGAAAGAAAUUUUAUAGGUUAGAAGGAUAAAUUAAAACAGUCCUGCUACCAUGAUCCAUCCAUCCGUGAGAAACGCUAAUCGCAGUCAGGUUCAUGAUGGUGACGCAAUAAUUCAUCCAUUUUCUAACUCUCUGAUUCUGGUCAGAGCUAAUGGGGUAAAACAAUAAUCCAUCCAUGUUUUAUCUGCUCAUCCUGCUUAAUACUAUUAAUUUCUUUGAGGAGAAUCAGAGCUGUUGAAAACAGUAUCUAUUACAUGUAUUACAUGUGCUUUGUACUUCCCAUUAAAUUAUCAGUCAAUCCUG